AUGUAUAAUAACAAUAGCAACUAUAACAAUUAUAACCCAAUGGAACCAGUUACAAAAAGAACACUGACGACGCUAAAUAGGACAGGUCAGCUGAUCACAAUACUUAUCUUCAUCAUUGCUGGACUUCUGACGAUAUUCUCAAUCCUGUCCAUGUCUUACAGCAUAGUGCAAUACACCAGAGAAAUUUAUUUCACAUCGACAGUCUUUGGUAACAACAUCAUGGCCGAUUCCCUAAUCGUCGCCCUGACGGCGGCAGCCAUUUUGUUUUUAUCCGGAAUUUUUGGAAUGUACGUUAUCAUGUUGGGGGCCGCAUUCAUCCUGUUCCUUACGUCGUUAUCACAGAGCGCUGCAUUCAUUUUUUGGUGGUACUGUUGUGGCGUUGAAGAUGAAAGCUGGGGUGUGUAUCGCUCGUCUGCCUGGUAUUUAAAUCAGUCGGGAAUUCCAGAAUAUACAAAACCGUGGGUGCCAUUGAGCUGUUGCGUCACUAAUCAGUACGGUCGGAUUACUAAUUCCAGGAAGUGUCAAUUCUUCCUUGCUGGACCCCCCUCAAAACAGAGUGGCCAGUUUAACGAGGCUGUCUACUACAGGGGCUGCUAUAUGGCGGGAAAACGUUCGAUGGGUGAGAUAGGGAAAUUCAUCAUCGCCUUCAAUUUAGUCAUGUGCCUGCUAUUGAUCGUUCAGAUGACAAUGACGAUUUGGUUUUACUUCACACAUACUUGA